GGGAGGCCCAAAUGACACCCUCUAUCCAGAGAAGAACACCUUCAUAUGGUCCGGCAGCCCACCAUUACCCUGCACCCUCCACGGAUCGUCAAGUCAACAAAUAAAGUCAUUCCUUUCAACGAUCGAUCACACCCGUUCGUUGAAAAAAGGUAUGCUAUCGUAGUCUGCGUCUCACCACAUCAAGCGUGGCCUAUAAAAAACCGGAAAAACCAGAAAUUCGAAGAGGCUCUCUGUUUCAGGUCAGGGACUUCGAUUGCAGAAAUCCUCUAGUUAGAACUGAGCCGCUUACUUCACUCUAAUGGCGAAGCCAGUUUCAAUCGAGGUGUGGAACCCGAAUGGGAAAUACAGAGUGGUCAGCACCAAACCCAUGCCCGGAACCCGCUGGAUCAAUCUCCUAAUACAGCAGGAUUGUCGGGUUGAGAUUUGCACCCAGAAGAAAACAAUCUUAUCAGUUGAAGACAUUAUUGCUCUGAUUGGCGAUAAGUGUGAUGGAGUGAUUGGGCAGUUGACAGAAGACUGGGGGGAGGCGUUGUUCUCUGCAUUGAGCAGGGCAGGAGGAAGGGCAUUUAGCAACAUGGCUGUUGGGUACAACAAUGUAGAUGUCAAUGCUGCUAACAAGUGGGGUGUUGCAGUUGGGAACACCCCUGGAGUGCUUACGGAGACAACAGCAGAGCUAGCAGCUUCACUUUCUUUAGCAGCUGCUCGAAGAAUAGUUGAAGCAGAUGAAUUCAUGCGGGGAGGCUUAUACGAUGGAUGGCUUCCUCAUCUUUUUGUGGGAAACCUGCUUAAAGGACAGACUGUUGGUGUGAUUGGAGCUGGUCGUAUUGGAUCUGCUUAUGCUCGAAUGAUGGUUGAAGGAUUCAAAAUGAACCUAAUAUACUAUGACCUAUAUCAAGCCACACGCCUAGAGAAGUUCGUUACAGCUUAUGGAGAAUUUCUGAAAGCAAGUGGUGAAUGGCCCGUCACUUGGAAAAGAGCAGCAACCAUGGAUGAGGUGCUCCAGCAGGCGGAUGUGGUGAGUCUUCAUCCUAUCCUGGAUAAAACUACUUAUCAUCUGAUCAAUAAAGAGAGACUCUCAACAAUGAAGAAGGAAGCAAUCCUUAUUAAUUGUAGUAGAGGGCCCGUGGUUGAUGAAGUAGCUCUUGUGGAGCAUCUGAAACAUAAUCCCAUGUUUCGAGUUGGUCUUGACGUCUUUGAGGAUGAACCUCGCAUGAAACCUGGGCUUGCGGAGAUGAAGAAUGCCAUUGUGGUACCUCACAUUGCCUCUGCUUCAAAGUGGACUCGUGAAGGAAUGGCAACACUGGCUGCUUUGAAUGUUCUGGGGAAGAUUAAAGGAUAUCCACUUUGGUCUGAUCCAAAUCAAGUCGAACCAUUUCUGAAUGAAAGCUCUCCACCUCCAGUUGCAUGUCCAAGUAUUGUUAAUGCAAAGGCCUUGGGAUUACAUGUUUCAAAGCUGUAAGCAAGGAUACUUGAUUACAUGUGUGCCCUUUGAUGCAGAUAGAGUAUUUUUUGGAGUUUUGGGGGUCUGGGUUUUAGAGUAUUUCAUUUCUGAUGAGUGCUGAUGACAGUAUACAUUCGCAUGGGAGGAAUGCUGAUAAUGUAUACUUGCUUCUCUUUCGCUUUCAUACUGUUGUUCCCGUUGUACAAUAUGAAGCAAAUAUCUAUUGGAAAUAGGGAAGGUAUCUCAGACUUUCAGAAGAA